GCGGGGCGAAAGGCCGAAAGUGACCGGCGCUUUCGGCGCCGAGAUAAAAUCGUGAUAUUCCCAGAUCCCCGGCACUAAGCGAAGCAGAAAAAUGAAUGGACAUGCGACUUCGGAAAACUGGCUAUUCGUAAUCUCGUUGUUCUCAAUGUUUCACGAAAGCAUUUAACGGCGGUUCGGCUUCAUGUUAAACCUUGGCUGCCACUAUCGGUUGGUCCUACAUCCAAUAUUACUAGUCACGCCGCAACAAAUCCGCCGAUUCCUCGUCCAGAAUGGGUUCACUCGUACUCACCGCGGGGACCAGGACUUCAUGUGCCAGAGUCUCGUCGUCUCUGAAGCGCACAAUCCUCCACCCCCAACCACAUUUGACUCGUCAUGCAAGCACGCAUUCAAGCGGCAGAACGGCUCCGCGUAGGCCAGACGAACCCCUUCGCAUGGCCAUUGUGGGAUCUGGCCCUGCUGGAUUUUAUACCGCGUACCGAGUCAUGUCUCGAUUGCCCCAAGCCCGAGUCGAUAUGUACGAGUCUCUGCCAGUCCCCUAUGGGCUCGUUAGGUUUGGUGUGGCGCCUGACCACCCAGAGGUGAAGAAUUGCCAGGACAAGUUUGAAGAGAUAGCUAGCUCCCCAAACUUCACCUUUGUCGGCAACGUCUCCGUAGGCGAUGCGACUCAUCAGCCGCACAGUCGAACCGUCCAACUGCCUAGUUUGCUCCGUAACUAUGAUGCCAUCUUGUUCUCAUACGGCGCCAUCAAGGACAAGGCACUAAACAUACCCGGUGAGUCAUCUCUUGCCGGUAUAUACUCGGCACGGCAGUUUGUUGGAUGGUACAAUGGGCUUCCCGAAUCGGCUGCCCUCGCCCCAAAUCUCACCACAGGCGAUGAAGCCGUUGUGAUCGGCCAGGGGAACGUUGCUCUUGACGUUGCAAGAAUACUUCUAGAAGACAUCGAUGUUCUGCGAAAGACGGACAUUACCGAUGAGGCUUUGGCCACAUUAGCCACUUCUCGUAUACGUCGGGUACAUGUCGUUGGAAGGCGCGGGCCAAUGCAGGCACAAGUGUCGACCGCGCCCAGGUCAUGGUCUUUGGACUUUUGCCUUUCACCGACCGAGUUUGUAGCCAGCGAUGUCUCGCCUCACUUUGUCGGCAGCACAGUGCUCGAACGCACAGAGCUCACCUCCAAGUUCGAUCCAAACGCCCAGGCGCAGCUGAAGGGCGAAAAGGUCAUUUUACCGUCAUCCCUUGUCUUUCGCUCCAUCGGGUACAAAUCAGCACCGCUCCUGGGUUUUCAAGAGGCAGGUGUGCUGUUUGAUGAGCGGCGCGGCGUCAUCAUGAACGAUGGGCAAGGACGUGUUCUUCGAAGAACGUCGACUGAGCUUGAGACCGAUAUCAUGUCAGAAAUUUCCCCUGGGCUUUACUGCGCUGGCUGGGUCAAGCGUGGGCCCACGGGAGUCAUUGCAACCACCAUGCAGGACGCUUUCGAUACUGGCGACUCGAUUGUGCGAGAUUGGCUCUCGGGUAUCAAGUUCCUACAGGCAGGAGAAGAUUCGAGCUCAAGCCCGCUGCCAGGAUGGGACAGGGUGCGUACAGAAAUGGCUGUGGACAAGAAUCAGCCUACCGUGGACUGGCACGGCUGGCGCAAGAUCGACCAAGCUGAGCGAGAAAAGGGGCAGGAGAAAGGUAAGGAACGUGAAAAGUUCACAAGCACUAAGGCCAUGCUCGAAGUUGUAGCAUAAAGUGGAUCGAGCACUAUAAAGGACAAUCAUUUGUGUACAACAUUUUACUGCUUCAGCUUUUCCGUCAACUCCGGAACCUUGUCGAAAA